AUGAUAAUAUCAGUGAUAUUUAUCAGAAUAAGGUUGUUUAUGGAAGCACUAUGUGAGUUUUGUGAGAUUGUUAGAGCUGUGGUUUACUGCAAGCCAGAUUCUGCUCGAUUAUGUCUGCGUUGUGAUGCGAUUGUACACUCCGCGAAUGCGCUUGCUCGCAGACAUCCGAGAUCGUUAUUGUGUGAUAGGUGUAAUUUCGAUUCAGCGAUUGUUCGUUGUGUUGAUUAUAAACUGUCUCUGUGUCAACUUUGUGAUUGGAAUUCUACAGAUGAGUGUUUUGUGUUGGGGCAUAACCAUGUGCCACUUAGUUUCUACACUGGUUGUCCCUCUUUGACAGAGUUGUCAAAGAUUUGGCCGCUGGAUGGAAAUUCAUCUGUUGAGAGCAGUGUUGCUGGCUCUCAGCCUUUGGAUUGGCCGCCUGAAAAGAAUGGCGACUUCUUUGGUUUGGAGAGAGCGAAAAAGAAACACAAGAUGGAUGGAGAAGAGCCGUCUGUCAAAUACGAACAACCUUGGAUUGAGACACCGCCUAUGGUUUCGUCGGUUUCGUCAAAUUCAACACAAUACUGCAGAGAUCAAGCGUUUUUGUUUGAUCUAGACUCAAACCUACAGAAGCUUCAAGGAUGCCCUGAUGUCAAGGAACUAGUUUUUCAUGAGGGGACUAGUCUCUGUGAAGGUUUCAAUAUGGAUGAUGUUCAAUUAGACUUCGCUGAUGAAAUAUUUGGCUGCUCUCUAAGCUCUCUAAGUGCCGCAAAAUACAACCAUGAAAAUGGAGGAAUAGAGUGUCUAUUAAUGGAUAAAAACAUUCCAGUUACAAAAUGUACCAGUCUUACCGAGAUUGCAACAGAGGCUUUAUCACCAGCGCAACAAGAUUGUGUGGUUUUUCCAUUAUCAGAGGCUGGCGGAUCAACAAGUAUGAUGCAGGGCAUCAACAAUAAUGCAAACUGUGCACUUAUGACUCCUAGCUGCAACAGUAGCAUUACUAUGGGAUUUCCUCAGACUCAAAUUCAUUUAGGAACUUCAAUUGAAUUACCUAAUCUUAAUGGUGAAAACAAUGUUACUGAACUUCUAAAUUGUGGGUUACCUCCAGUGUUUCAUCCCGGCGAAUCCCCUUGGGAACCAAAUUCGGAGGGUUCGUGUGCAGAAGCAAGGGAACAGGCCUUAAUGAGAUACCAAGAGAAAAAGAAAACUCGAACGUUUGGUAAGCAAAUAAGAUAUGCCUCUCGCAAAGCAAGGGCUGAUACAAGAAAACGUGUGAAAGGUCGAUUUGUUAAAGCAGAAGAGACAGGAGUCAACGGCGAGCCAUCCUGA